AUGUCCCGCGCAGCACACGGCGCUUUGAAGGCCUUCAACGCAGACAAGGAUCGUUCUGCAGGAACAUCAAACCGGGCGAGCGCGAGAACGAGCAGUCACCGGGGCGAUCAUCAUGACAAAAAGUUGAAGCGCAAGAAAAGUGAAGGGGAACAUAUCAAAUGCAAAAAUGUCUGGGUCUGGAAGAUUGCCAGAUUUGUCAUGCUUGUCUGACAUGACUCGAAACUCUGUCAUGCGUAUGUGCAAAAAGAUCGCUUUGUCUGUCAUGCAAAAACGCAGUUUGCCAUGCUGAAUACGCUACACAUAGCAGCUCAAAAACUUGUCAUGCUUGGCCAUGUAUGACAGUGCGCCCAGUAUUCCCUGGUUUGCAUCACAAGUUUCCAGACCCAGACAUAUUUGCAUUUGAUAUAACACUCUGGGCAGGAACGCUCGGACCGCGGGAGUCGGGUCAGUAAUUUUGGGGUUGGUAGGAAUAGCAGGAGAUCCGUGAGUGCGCCUAGUACGCGGGCAAGCAAUAUCAAAUGCACAAAUGUCUGGGUCUGGAAGAUUUCUAGAUUUGUCAUGCAUAUUUUCCAUGAUCCAUGUCGUCUGGAAUGCAGGACCUAGCAUGACAGAUUCUGUCAGAUCCCUAUCAUGCCUAUCCUGCAUGAGAAACUGCCUCUCGAUUAGGUCAAAAGUGGGCAGCCUUUGGUAAUCAUGCAACACAGAUUUUUACAUGAUUCAGAUUUAGCAUGACAAGUUAGCAUGACAAGUUAGCAUGACAAGUUUUUAAUGAUUCAGAUUUAGCAAAAAAAAAAAAAAAUUUAGCAUGACAAGUUGCAUUGUUCCAGACCCAGACAUUUUUGCAUUUGAUAAGCAAGGUGACGAAUGACAGUUUCGGACCCAGGGCGAGCAAGUUCAGCAACGAUCGUCCUAGUGGAUUCAAUCUUUCACUGCUCAGCUCCGGGGAGCCCAAGAAGAAAGACAAGAAAAGGAAGUAAGAAAAGACUGUAUGAUUUUCUUCUGCUUGUGCUUGUGUUUGUGUACUAGCAGGAUAGAUUUAAUAUUUUCGCAAGGAAAAAAUGUACCUACACAUGGUAGUAGUAAGCGUAAUCACGAUAUUAAAAGUUGUUCCCCAUAGAAAGAUAGUUGUAAACCUAAUCCCGCUUGCGAAUUGCAGUACCAGGAUGAGCAAUUCGUUGAUUUGAUAUAAUUUAGUACUUCCUACCUCGAAUGAAAAUGGGUCUAGUACUUCUCCGUCCCCAGAAUCAUCACCAUGGUACAACUACGUCCUACUUGGAAGAAAACAAGCACCACCAGACGAUCGUGAUUCGUGCCGUAGCACAUAAUGAUCUCUGUGCGUUUCUUGUUCUGGAAAAAUUGUAUUUGUUCGUCCC